GGAAAUGAAGUUCUUGUUCCGCUUUUGGUCCCGGCAAGUGGCGGGGCGCUUAUCCUGGUAGUAGUAGGUUUGUUACACCGUGAGCUGGAGCUGCUGGCCUGGAUGUGGUGGAGCGCGACGGGGACCUCCGGGUUGCUGGUCAGUGAGCCUGGCUUUGACAACUUGGUUACUGGGGCUGUUUUCAGCAACAUAUCUGAAUACAAUAUUAAAGUCACUGCUGUUAAAAAGGUGAGGAAUUCUGUGCCUGUCACUCAAGUUUCACACUUUCUGGCUAAAUGACUUUUGUGCCAGUGAUAGCAGAAUCCUACAGCCACGUUCUUGCGGAGUUUGAGUCUCUGGAUCCAUUACUGUCAGCCCUGCGGCUGGACUCUAGUCGUCUAAAGUGCACGAGCAUAGCUGUGUCUCGGAAAUGGUUGGCUUUGGGCAGUUCGGGAGGAGGACUCCAUCUCAUUCAGAAAGAAGGCUGGAAGCACAGGCUUUUUCUUUCACACAGGGAAGGUGCAAUUUCUCAGGUUGCCUGUUGUUUACAUGAUGAUGAUUAUGUUGCUGUAGCUACCAGUCAAGGUCUUGUAGUUGUUUGGGAAUUAAAUCAAGAGCGUCGCGGGAAACCAGAACAAAUUUAUGUGUCUUCAGAACAUAAAGGCCGAAGAGUUACAGCUCUCUGUUGGGACACAGCUAUUCUUAGAGUUUUUGUAGGUGAUCAUGUGGGGAAAGUUUCUGCUAUCAAACUCAACACUUCUAAACAAGCAAAGGCAGCUACUGCUUUUGUGAUGUUUCCGGUUCAGACAAUAACAACAGUUGACUCCUCUGUUGUCCAAUUAGAUUAUUUGGAUGGGAGACUACUUAUAUCUUCACUUACUCGAUCCUUCUUGUGUGAUACUGAGAGAGAAAAGUUUUGGAAAAUUGGAAACAAGGAAAGAGAUGGAGAAUAUGGAGCUUGUUUCUUUCCUGAAAGAUGUUCUGGGGGUCAGCAACCUCUGAUAUACUGUGCUCGUCCUGGCUCCAGGAUGUGGGAAGUGAACUUUGAUGGGGAAGUCAUAAGCACACAUCAGUUCAAGAAACUCCUAUCGUUGCCACCUCUCCCUGUGAUUACUCUAAGAUCAGAACCUCAGUAUGAUCCUACAGCUGGAUCCUCCCAGUCUUUGUCUUUCCCCAAACUCUUGCAUCUUAGUGAGCAUUGCAUGCUGACUUGGACUGAAAAAGGAAUUUAUAUUUUCAUUCCUCAAAAUGUUCAAGUUCUUCUUUGGAGUGAAGUCAAAGACAUUCAGGAUGUAGCUGUCUACAAGAAUGAGCUGUUCUGUUUGCACCUGAAUGGGAAAGUCUCACAUCUCUCCCUGUUAUCUGUGGAGCGCUGUGUGGAACGCCUGCUAAGGAGAGGCCUAUGGAACCUGGCUGCUCGCACAUGCUGUCUUUUCCAAAAUUCCAUCAUUGCUAGCAGAGCAAGAAAAACUUUGACUGUAGAGAAAUUGGAGCAUUUGAAAUCUCAGCUGGACCAUACAACCUAUAGUGAUCUAAUUUCUCAACUGGAAGAACUGAUCUUAAAACUUGAACCUUUGGAUUCAGCUUGUAGCAGUAGAAGAAGCUCCAUUUCAUCGUAUGAAAGUUUCAGCAUUUUGGACUCUGGAAUUUAUCGUAUCAUCAGUAGUAGAAGAGGCAGUCAGUCAGAUGAAGACUCUUGCUCCCUUCACAGCCAAACCCUCUCAGAAGAUGAGAGACUUAAAGAAUUCACCUCACAUCAGGAAGAAGAGCUGCCAGAUCAGUAUUGUGGCUCACAUGCAAGUGAAGACAAUGUUUCUCAUGCUCCAGUGGUGUUUGAGACAGAUAAGAAUGAAACUUUUCUCCCCUUCGGCAUUCCAUUAUCAUUUCGUUCUCCAUCUCCUCUUGUGUCUCUUCAGGCUGUCAAAGAAAGUGUUUCUAGCUUUGUGCGUAAAACUACUGAGAAGAUUGGUACCCUUCACACAAACCCUGAUCUAAAAGUGAGACCAGAACCCAGGGGUGAUGAGCCAUCAUGUGAAGAGGAUGUGAGUUCAGUUACCUGCCCAAAGGAGGAAGACAUCGAGGAGAAAAAAGAGGUUACUGGUCAACCUCUAGAAGAAGACCGGUUCCAAGAACUUAAAGUAGCAACAGCAGAAGCAAUGACCAAGCUGGAGGACCCUCUGGUAUUAUUUGAACCCGAGUCUCUGAGAAUGGUUUUACAGGAGUGGCUUUCACAGUUAGAACAAACAUUUGCCAUGAAGGACUUUUCAGGUAUUUCAGAUACUGGCAACUCAUCCAUGAAAUCAAACCAGGAUGAGCUAUUGCUUGAUCAGUCAAAAAAGGGAAUAUUAGAUGAAGAUAAUGAAAAAGGAAAAAGGAACUCUUUAGACGGUGAAGAAACUGUUGAUCAAAUAGCAUGUGAAUCUCUAAGUAGUUCAAGGGAGUCCUUGGAUGACCUUUUUCAAAUAUGUUCUCCGUGUACAAUAGCAAAGAGUCUUCAGAAUGACCUGGCUGAAUUGACAACUUUAUGUUUGGAAUUGAAUGUAUUGAAUUGUAAGAUCAAACGCACAAGUGGACAUGUGGACUAUACUUUGCAACAGGACCCUCCUGAAGUUCUGGCUUGUCGGUUCCUGAAGAAAUACUUUUUUCUCCUGGACUUGAAAAGAACAAAGGAGAGUAUCAAGCUUAGUUACGCUAACAGCCCUUCUGUUUGGGAUACUUUUAUUGAAGGAUUAAAAGAAAUGGCAAGUUCUAAUCCUACGUAUAUGGAGAUGGAAGAAGGAGACCUACCAACAAGAUUAAAGUUAUUAGAUGACUCAGUUCCUUUUGACAGUCCUUUGUUGAUUGCUUAUGCUGAUCGGUUGUAUGAGAAGUUUGGGGAAUCUGCCCUUCGAUCCUUAAUAAGGUUUUACCCAUCCAUUUUGCCAUCAGAUGUCAUGCAACUUUGUCAUCAUCAUCCUGCUCAAUUUUUGGCCUAUCUAGACAGUCUGGUGAAAUCAAGGCCUGAAGAUCAGCGGUCAUCUUUCCUUGAGUCCCUUCUGCAACCAGAGUCUUUAAGGUUGGAUUGGCUACUUUUGGCCGUGUCCCGUGAUGCUCCGCCGAGCACAAGCACUAUGGAUAGUGAAGGUUACCCCAGGCCUCAUUCACAUUUGCUUUCCUGGGGUUAUAGUCAGCUGAUCCUUCAUCUAAUUAAACUUCCUGCAGAUUUUACAACCAAAGGGAAAAUGGCUGACAUAUGUAGAUCUUGUGGUUUCUGGCCUGGAUAUCUUACUCUCUGUUUGGAGCUGGAAAGAAGAAGGGAGGCCUUCACCAACAUUGUGUAUCUGAAUGAUAUGAGCCUGAUGGAAGGGGACAAUGGUAUAGCUUUGAUACAAAGCAUGCUUGAAAAAUGUGAUCGGUUUCUCUGGUCUCAGCAGGCCUAGUGGAAGAAGAUUCAGCUGGAUGUCAUGACAUUUUGAGAAAAACUGAACAAUGCUCCCGAAACUUCUGAAUGCCUUUGCUAUUGAAGGAAAGCCACCACGCCACACCAAAAAUCUCUUGCCUUUUGCGGGUUAACCUAGGCAUGUGUGGCUGUAUGUGACCUCAGCAUUUCUCAGCCAAAGUUGGAUUUUGGAGUCAGUUUUUGUUUGUCAGAAUCAGAAUGUGAAUGUUCACAGCUGUGUAGUCUUACUCUGACCUUCCUUACUAUUUCCUUGUCACCAGUGAACUUGGGGGAACUCUUUUCUUACUGUGGCUCUGGUGUUGGGAGCAGGAGCUUCUCAUCCUGGUCACAUGAAGACAGUGUUAUCGAUUUUGGACUGGAGUUGGAUUUUGUUUUUUUAUCUUAUCUGUGGCACUCUAGAAAUUACUGAAAUAGUGGACCUGUAUAAUGACAUUAACACAUAAAAUAAGUAGAAUACUGAAGAUUCAAAUUUGAUAUUUUUUAAAAU